AGCAUGCCUGUUCAUGGCAGCCGGACCUCCGUAGUCAAUCCUUCAUCCUACGUUGUGAUCGCCAUAUAGACCCUUAGAGGCCCUUCCGUCAGCUGUCAUGCCACAACGCUCGGUUAGUGUGCUAGACCUGUUAUCGUCUCAUGCUACUCUUCCAAGAGGCUGCCCGCGUAUGCCUUCCUCUAUGUUGUCGUCUCCGUCAUGCCAUUCUAGGCAAUGCCACAUUUCGUUUGACCAGCUAGUCGAACAAUGCCGAAUACUUAUCAGUCCACCAUCCAUCAUCGAACACUUCUUUCCUUUCUUUUCAGCCAUCUUAGCAGGAAUCGUGAACACCAUCUCUGGUCCAACGUGCUUCGCGGCUAUUAAAUUCGUCACCUUUGUCUGUCGUUCGUUUUACAGUACUAAUGCUCCCGUCCUUACGGGCGUUCCUCUGAGCGGAUAUAAUCAGCCAACGUUCUUCUGUCUAAUUUGAUACACCGUCCGCGUCCCCAGCAUCGGUGGCAUUUCAAGUGUCCUUCUCCAGCACCCAUCUUUCAAUCAUGACAACCGCAGCUUCGAACCCAUUUACCGAGCUCGACGUCCUCGUCUCGCUCAUAACGUCAUCCGUAGAUACUAUCAAAUCUGAAUACACUCAACUCAACACUUCUGCCGCUUUAGAUCUCUCUCUUGAUUCCACAGAGAAGCACCCUCUCGACCUGAAGGCAGUUCCCCAAACUCUCCAAGAUGCGCUCCGCACGCUUCAAGGUUCCUGUGCUCAACUGGGCAACAUCGUCUUGCCACCUGCCUAUACCAUCGCCACAAUGUCUAUGAGUCACUUUACAGCGGCCUGUCUCAACGUCGCCGUCACCACUAAGGUUGCAGACCACCUUCUUCCUUCCGGCGCACAAGGUUUACAUGUUAAGGAUCUAAGCAAACUAACGGGUAUUGUACCCAACAAACUAAGUCGGGUAUUGAGAUUGUUGGCAACCAAGGGAUGUUUCAAGGAAGUCGAACCCGACGUUUGGGCCAACAACAGAUUGAGUGUGACUCUCCUCAAGGACGAACCUACAAGCGCGUUGGUCGGUCUCUUCACCGAUGAAGCUUACCUCUCCGGAACGUCCCUCGCGAGCACACUCACUGACCCACAUUAUGGACCCUCCCUCAACCUAAACGAAGCCUCUUGGAACCGAGCUAUGAACUUUAAGGGUACCCUAUGGGAUUUCUAUAAAGACGUGGACCCUGCUCGAGGUAAACGGUUGGCGGAGGCUCAAGUUGGGUUUAGCCAUGUGCUGACUUUUGAGAGUGUAUUGCAUGGCUUCCCUUGGUCCACCCUUCCGGACGGUACAACCAUCUGUGACCUUGGCGGAGGAUUCGGUCACGUUUCAAUGCAUAUUGCCAAAGCAUGCCCUCAACUCCGCGUCGUUUUGCAAGACCAACCCUCCACCGUAGCCACUGCCAGAGAGUAUUGGAACAAGAGCGCGGCUGAAGUCGUCGAACAGGGCCGAGUGGAGUUUGUAGACAUCGAUUUCAUCAAGGAGGCGCCGAGGGAGGGAUGUGAUUAUUACUUCAUCAAGAAUGUCGUUCAUGAUUGGCCUGAUCAUGACGUCAUCACUAUUCUCUGCAACGUCAAGAAAUCGAUGAAGCCAACUGCCAAAGUCCUCAUUCACGAGUUCGUGAUGCAACAUGCCUCGUCAGAUCCCCAUUCUGAGGAUGCGUUCCUGAACAAGGCUCCCAAACCUCUCCUCCCAAGCUACGGCGAGGGACGCGUGUUACAGUACUACCUUGAUGUCGGAAUGAUGGGUGUGGUCAAUGCCAAGGAGCGUACUUUCUCUGAGUUCAAAGCAAUCGGGAAAGAAGUCGGCCUCGAACUCGAGAAGGUCUGGGAGUCCGGUCAAGCGAGUACCAUCGAGUUCAAGCUCGCUGAAGGCUCAACCAGCAAGUGAGACCUAAGCUUAUUGCAUCGCUUAGUUCCUUUAGAACGCCUCCGCUUUUAUAUCACGCCCAAGUCAGCUUGAGAGUCCAAAGCUAUUGCUUCUAAUCCAGCUUCAUCCCGGUAUUUCUUCCAAGAUGUCUGCAAGGUCUACUAAUUGUUGUCGAGAAUAAAUGUUUAAAUGUAUAACCCUAUGCACGAAUUUCGCCGAGUUAACAUUUUCAAUAGUGAUAUGAAUUUUAAUAAAUCAUAUGUUAUAUGCCGGAAUAGCUCAGCUGGGAGAGCAACAGACUGAAGCGGCGCUUAAAGUGCAUUCUGGAGGUCCCGUGUUCAAUCCACGGUUCUGGCAUUUUCUUUUCUUCAGCCUGGCAUCUUAUUUUCUUCAGCAGACGGAAGGUACACUUGCAUACCGAGUUCAAUAAUCUUUCAGCGUCACAUUGAAAUACGAACAUGGUGCAAUCCGACGGUUGUCUUAUCA